AAUUAAAUUUAAAAAGUAGAAGUAUGUAUCGAUUUUUUUCCUUAAAAAGAAUCGAAUCGAAUGAUACGUGGCAUCAUUCAAGGGACAAACAUCUUUCGUUAACUUUCAAAAUUUUAUAUUCAAAAUUUACAAGUAUAAAAGAAAGUAAUCAAAAUGCCGGCGGAACAGGCGGUUGAUAUGUUAAAUGAUACUCUAGCGGAGAUCGUGUUUAGGACAAAAAACGUAAAUAAAUUUAAAAGAUUGGCACGGAACACGCAUUUCAAUUACAGAGAAGUUGAAGCCUUGGCAAUUAUUCAUCGAAAAUGCAUUCAGAUAAUGGGUCCCAUAAGCAGAAUACUAUUUCGAGAUCUGUUCCAUGCUGGUUUCGACUUCACGGAAAAUAUUCGCCAUCUAUUGAUCGAUAAAAUAUUUUCAGUAAUCGACAAACGUAAUGCUUUACAGAUACACUGUGACAAUUGGAUCGAAAGUCUUUCGGUGAUUCUUCGGGGAACUAUAGACGAGAAGAUUCAUUUUGCUUAUCAAACAUACGAUCAUCUUAGAACUCAUAAAUUAAAAAAGGAGCACAUAUUUCCCAUGAUGCGUGGUUGCUUAAUUAAACUGCAGAACGAUGAAAACCCAGACGAAGCCGUGAAGGAUUUGAUAGAUUUGUUAAUAAAAAAAUUGGACGUGGAUCGCGAUGGGAUGAUAUCGGAAGACGAUUUUAAAACAGCGGUGAAAGACAGAAAUUCUCUUCUUUUGGAAUGCAUGGGGCCAGUGUUUCCUUCCAGAGACGCUCGCCACGUUUUCCUCAGCACGUUUACGAAUCGUGUAGGAAGAUAUUAACGAGCCAUCCUUAUCGAAGAAUAA